CUUAUAUCAUCUCUCAUCUAAUCCUCAAAUCUUAAUUAAAUUCACUCGCAAUGCCACCAUUUGGAUUCGAUAGGGGUUCAGUUCAUGUGGUUCAAGUUCCAGGUGCAGGUCAAAGAGGUAUUGAUGGAAAUCAUGAUGAUGGUACAAAUUCUCCAUUUAGAACGAUACAAGUUUUACAAAAAUUCAUUCAAAACUUUCGUAUAGGUGAUUCAUUUAUUUAUCGUGAUCGAUUACGUACGAAUUUGUUAGCCAAGGUUUAUGCAUUAGAAGUAGAGAUGCAACAUUUGAUUGUUUAUGAUGAAGAACUAGCUCAUUCUCUAACCAACUCACCUGGUGAUAUCCUUCCACUAUUUGAAUCGGCUGUAAGGAAAGUAGCAGAAUCGAUGUUGUUUCCACUUUCGAAAUCAAUCGAAUUGAAUGAUGGAGAUCGAGAAUUAGAAAUCGCGGUCACUUUACAGAGUGAGGCUCGCUUAAUGCAGUUUCGUGACCUACUCGCACCCAACAUAUCUAAAUUAGUACGAAUGCCUGGAAUCGUCAUCUCAGCUUCAACCCUUUCUUCUCGUGCAACAAUGUUAAGUUUGAGAUGUAAAGUGUGCAGUCAUCCUCAAAAGAUCACAGUCCAAGGUGGUUUUACUGGAUUUACCUUACCAAGAGUUUGUGCUGGAGUACCAGCUGCAGGUGAUCGAAAAGAAUGUCCAUUGGAUCCUUAUGUGAUUGUACAUGAGAAAUCUAGAUUUGUAGAUCAACAAUCGGUUAAAUUACAAGAAGCUCCUGAUAUGGUACCGGUUGGGGAAUUACCUCGUCAUAUUUUAUUAUCGGUGGAUCGCUAUCUUACUGCAAGAGUCGUUCCGGGUUCUCGUAUCAUUGCUACUGGAAUUUAUUCUACUUUUAAUAGUUCAGGAAAAAAUCAAGGUGCGAUUGCAUUGAGACAACCUUACCUUAGAGUGGUCGGAUUAGAGAUUGAUCGGGAUGGUAAUGGAGUUAAUGGAAGAGGACGACAACAAUUCACGGUUGAGGAAGAAGAUGAAUUUAAUGCGAUGGCUCGUAGUCAAGAUUUCUAUCAACGGUUUACUGAUUCGAUUGCUCCUUCGAUUUAUGGAAAUCAAGAUAUUAAGAAAGCAGUGGUUUGUUUAUUGAUGGGAGGAUCUAAAAAGAUUCUGCCAGAUGGAAUGCGAUUGAGGGGUGAUAUUAAUGUGUUAUUACUUGGUGAUCCAGGAACGGCUAAAUCUCAAUUACUCAAGUUUGUAGAGAAAGUUUCACCUAUUUCGGUUUAUACAUCUGGAAAAGGAUCAUCAGCUGCAGGUUUGACUGCAUCUGUUCAACGAGAUGCUCAAUCAAGAGAGUUUUAUCUUGAAGGAGGUGCAAUGGUUUUAGCAGAUGGUGGAGUGGUCUGUAUAGAUGAAUUUGAUAAGAUGAGGGAUGAAGAUAGAGUAGCGAUUCAUGAAGCGAUGGAACAACAAACGAUUUCGAUUGCUAAAGCUGGGAUUACGACGAUUUUGAAUUCGAGAACAAGUGUUCUGGCUGCUGCAAAUCCAGUGUUUGGAAGAUAUGAUGAUAUGAAGAGUCCAGGAGAGAACAUCGAUUUUCAAACUACGAUUUUGUCUCGAUUUGAUAUGAUUUUUAUUGUUAAAGACGAACAUGAUGAAUUACGAGAUCGAACAAUUGCAAGACAUAUCAUGGCUUUACAUAUGAACCGAGCUACUGAAGCUCAAGCUCAAGGAGAAAUUGAUUUAGAUAAGAUGAAGAAAUUUAUAUCGUUUGCUAAGUCACGAUGUGCUCCAAGACUUUCACCUGAAGCAGCAGAGAAGUUAAGUUCACAUUUUGUUUCGUUAAGGAAACAGGUUCAACAGGUUGAGCGGGAUAACAAUGAGAGGUCUUCUAUACCGAUCACUAUCAGACAACUUGAAGCUAUCAUUCGAAUAUCAGAAUCAUUAGCGAAAUUAACCCUAAGUCCAACUGUACAAGAUCAUCAUGUAGAAGAAUCGAUUAGAUUAUUUAAAUUUUCAACUAUGGAUGCAGUUCAAGCUGGUAAUAUAGAAGGGAUCAGUAAAGGAGAAUUACAAGAAGAAAUCACGAAAGUAGAAGCUGAGAUUAGAAGGCGAUUACCGAUUGGUUGGAGUACGAGUUAUGCUAGUCUUGUUAAAGAGUUUGUUCAACAACAAGGUUAUAGUUCUCAUUCACUUGAAAGAACUUUAUAUAUAUUGGAUAAAAGAGAAGUGAUUAGGUUCACAGGACAGAAAAGAACUGUACAAAGAGUUGGGGCUUGAUAAAUGAUUUUGAUUCUAGGUUUUGUGAUUGUAAAGAAAUGGAUAGAAUUAAUCUCACAGAGUGACUUUAUCCUCCAAAUCACUUGCUUAAAUUGGGCUGCUAUUUUUUGAUAUCUCCUUUUGAAAAUUUGUUGUAUUAUUUUUUGGGAUUUUUUUUAUUUGGAUGGCAUUAAUUGUUUAUAGCGCAAAUUUGUUUGCUUGAAAAUAUCUUUGAGGUUAAAAAGU